AAGGAAGAAACUUCCAUUACCAGCCCGCACGUAAAGCUCACCAGUCUCCUCUCUCUCUCUCUCUCUCUCUUCCGUAGCAGAGAGAAAAUGGUGGACAGAAGAAACGUCAGCUAGCUCAGCUCAGCUCUGCUCCCGCCAGCUUCCGCAGCCGCCGCCGACAUGUCAUCCCAUCCCCGGCCGCCGGACCCCGGCAGCUGGGACGCGAUGCUCCCGGGCCCUCCGAGCCGCAACAACUUCGGAUCCCUCGACCUGUCCUCCUCCGGCCUCCUGGCCUUUGCCUCUGGCUCCUCCGUAUCCGUCGUCGACUCCCGCUCCCUCCAGCAUAUCUCCACCCUCCCCCUCCCCCCGCCCCCCAACGGGUCGUCCUCGUCUGCCUCUUCCCCAUCCUCCUCCCUCUCCCCCUUCGUCACCGCCGUUCGCUGGGCUCCCAACCCUCUCCCCCACUCCCUCGUCGACGACCUCCCCUCGCCGCUCCUCCUCGCCGCCGGUGACCGCCAUGGCCGCCUCCUCCUCCUCGACUUCCGAUCCCGCACUGUCCUCCUCUCCUUUGACUCCGACUCUACCUCUGCCCCUAGAUCCGGUAUACAGGACCUUUGCUGGAUCCGAUCCCGCCCCACCGACUCCUCUACCUCCCCUUCCCCCUCCCUCCUCCUCGCUGCCAUAUCCGGCCCCUCGCUCCUCUCCCUCUACUCAGCCUCCUCAGGCAGCUGCCUCUGGCGGUACGACUCCUCACCCGAGUACCUCUCCUGCCUCCGCUGUGACCUUGACUCCCGCCACUUCUGCGCCAUUACCCUCAGAGGCUUCCUCCUGUCCAUCAGAGCUCUGGGUGACUCCGAGGAUGAGAUCUCAAUCACCGAAACACAGAUCAGAACUGACUCGGCGGAGCUAACCCGGCUCGAGCGGGACUCAUCCAAUUCAUCGACUUCCUCAUCAUCGUCUCCUGCUUCUGCAGUUUUCCCGACAUAUAUGGUCAGAUUAGCAUUCUCAACGCAAUGGAAGCAUAUAAUGUUCGUGACAUUCCCAAGGGAGUUGGUCGUUUUCGAUUUGCAGUACGAGACCGCCCUAUACUCGGCCGCACUGCCCCGUGGCUGUGGGAAGUUUCUUGAUGUGUUGCCUGACCCAAAUCAUGACUUGCUCUACUGUGCUCAUCUUGAUGGGAGGCUCAGUAUUUGGAAAAGGAAAGAAGGGGAGCAGGUGCACGUAAUGUGUACAAUGGAAGAGCUGAUGCCUUCUAUCGGCACAUAUGUUCCUUCUCCUUCAGUUCUUGCAGUUGUUCUCUGUGAGUCAGAUUCCACCCUCCAAAAUAUUGCCCAGCGAUAUUCGGAUGUACCUCCUUCACCUUACUCCGAUGUGGAUAUUGACAACCCCUUUGAUUUUGGUGACGAUUCCCUUCUCAUAUCAAAGACACGAUUGAUCUCCAUUUCUGAUGAUGGGAAAGUAUGGAACUGGCUUUUGACUUCUGAGGGUGCCUGGGAUGCCCAAAAUGAUAGGAAGAAUGAGGAACUUGACACAAUUGAAGCAGCAACUCCUGUGAACAAAAAUGAUAGUGUAGAAUCAUCCAUUGAUGGAGUUGAGCCUGAAUCUGUUGAGCAAUCAGAGAGUGUACAUAGCAGCAAAAUUCGUCUUUCAAACUCCUCUAUCGUCCAAUAUGAUAUCUCAUACAAGAUAAUCUUAGUCGGACAGCUUCAACUUCUUUCAUCAACAGUGACUAUGCUGGCUGUACCAUGUCCCUCUUUAACUGCCACAUUAGCCCGUGGGGGAAACAGUCCUGCUGUGGCUGUUCCGUUGGUCGCUCUGGGAACUCAAAGCGGGACCAUAGAUGUUGUCGAUGUUUCAGCGAAUGCUGUGGCCACAAGUUUUUCUGUUCAUAAUGGCGUCGUUAGGGGAUUGAGGUGGCUUGGCAAUUCCAGGCUUGUCUCGUUUUCUUAUACCCAGGUGAAUGAAAAAACUGGAGGCUACAUUAAUAGGCUUGUUGUCACAUGCCUUAGAAGUGGCGUUAAUAGAACUUUCCGGGUUCUCCAGAAGCCAGAGCGUGCUCCAAUAAGAGCAUUAAGAGCGUCUUCAUCUGGAAGGUAUCUUCUGAUUUUGUUCCGUGAUGCCCCUGUGGAGGUUUGGGCGAUGACAAAAACCCCCAUCAUGCUUAGAUCAUUAGCCCUUCCAUUCACGGUGUUGGAAUGGACUCUUCCAACUGUUCCAAGGCCUUCCCAAAGCCCUAGGCCGUCACCAUUAUCUUCCAUCGAUCGUGCCAGUGUAGCAACAGAUGGGACGUCUUCCCCAACGACACCAUCUUCUUCGGAUUCCAAGGCAGCAGGCCAUGAUGGAUCACAAGAUGAAACUUCAGAAAGCUUUGCAUUUGCACUAGUUAACGGGGCACUUGGAGUUUUUGAGGUUCAUGGCAGAAGAAUCCGGGACUUCAGACCUAAGUGGCCGUCCUCAUCAUUUGUUUCAUCUGAUGGGUUAAUCACAGCUAUGGCUUAUCGGUUGCCUCAUGUAGUUAUGGGAGACAGAUCAGGAAAUGUUAGGUGGUGGGAUGUAACUACGGGUCACUCAUCAUCUUUUAACACCCAUAGAGAGGGAAUAAGAAGAAUCAAAUUCUCACCAGUUGUUGAAGGAGAUCGUAGCCGAGGGCGAGUUGCUGUGCUAUUCUAUGACAAUACAUUUUCAGUAUAUGAUCUGGAUUCUUUGGACCCACUAGCCAAUUCCCUUCUACAACCUCAAUUUCCUGGAACACUUGUGCUGGAACUCGAUUGGUUAUCAGUUCGAAUGGACAAAAAUGACCCCCUGGUACUAUGCAUAGCUGGCGCUGAUAGUAGCUUUCGCCUCAUCGAGGUCAAUAUAAAUGACAAAAGAUCUGGCCCUCUACCCCAGACCAGAGCUGUUAAAGAGAGAUUUAGGCCGAUGCCCUUGUGUUCCCCAAUACUACUACCUUUGCCUCAUGCCCUGGCACUGAGGAUGAUCUUGCAAUUGGGUGUGAAACCCUCUUGGUUUAAUACUACUGGCACAACUAUAGAGAAAAGGCCUCACUAUAUUCCAGGAACUGCUUCAUCUGCUGGGGAUCUAAGAGGUUACAUGGUAGAGAUACCCCCACUUGGUGACUCUGUGGUCCCAGAAAUGCUCCUUAAAGUUUUAGAACCUUAUAGAAGAGAAGGGUGCAUACUUGAUGAGGAGAGGGCAAGACUUUAUGCUACUGUGGUGAACAAAGGUUGUGCCGUGAGGUUUGCAUUUGCGGCCUCUGUGUUUGGUGAAUCCCCAGAAGCACUUUUCUGGUUACAGUUGCCUCGUGCUCUUAACCACUUGAUGAGCAAAUUUGUGAAGAAGACUCCACAGAGGGAUACUGCAUCUGCCUCUGUUUCUGAGAUAGAUGAGACAGCUAUAUUAAGUCGGAUAACAUCAAAGGGCAAAUCAACAUCUGGAUCAACAAAUCGGGAUCCAUUGACUCAGGGCCAAAUGAGAUCUAUGGCUUUUGAGCAACAUGAGUUAUGGGAGAAUGCUAAUGAACGUGUACCAUGGCAUGAGAAGCUUGAGGGAGAGGAAGCUAUCCAGAACCGCGUGCACGAGCUCAUCUCGGUUGGAAACUUAGAAGCAGCUGUCAGCCUAUUGCUUACCACUCCUCCUGAGAGUUCCUACUUCUAUGUAAAUGCUCUACGUGCAGUUGCACUUUCUUCUGCAGUGUCACAAUCUCUUCAUGAGCUUGCAGUUAAGGUUGUAGCUGCGAACAUGGUCAGGACUGACAGGUCACUUUCAGGCACUCAUCUUCUUUGCGCUGUUGGAAGGUAUCAGGAAGCAUGUUCACAGUUGCAAGAUGCUGGAUGUUGGACUGAUGCUGCCACGUUAGCUGCUACGCAUUUAAAGGGAACCGACUAUUCGAGGGUGCUGCAAAGGUGGGCUGACCAUAUCCUUCAAGCCGAACAUAACAUCUGGAGGGCUCUGAUACUGUACGUAGCGGCUGGGGCUCUCCAGGAGGCACUAGCAGCGAUUCGUGCAGCCCAGCAGCCUGAUACAGCCGCCAUGUUCAUACUUGCUUGCCGUGAGAUCCAUGAGAUGUUCAUUUCAAAUAUGAGGAACUCAAGAGAUGAUGAAUCUUCAGCAGAGCGAGAACGAUUCAGCUUGCCUGGGCUGGACUUAGAGAAUGAGGACGUUGGUGCAGUCGGAGAAUAUUUCGGGCAGUACCAGAGGAAGCUAGUACAUCUGUGCAUGGAUUCACAGCCAAUUUUCGACUAAAAGAGCGGUAUCUGUCGACUUUGUAUCCAUGAUCCGUUAUUUUCACUGAUCAGAUCAUUCUACGUGCUGGGGAAAGUUGCUUGGGUGAUCUAGAAGUUCCUCCUGCGAAUUGACAGAUAUCAUGGAUCGAGUUCUGAGUGGGACGGAUUGUCACAGCAUUUAUCAUGUGCCCUGCAAUCUGGUGCCGUAAGCAUGCUGAGUGGUGGAAGUGCCAGAAUUUUUGGUACAAUAGCUCAUGGGUUGUGUGCUUAUUGUCUAUGCUUUUGCAAUUUUAUAGGGUUCAAGAUGAAAAUUUCGGGUAUUAUAUUAUAUACUUCUAUGAUGAGCCUUUGUUGUAAAAGUUCUGGUGAUUUGCCAAAUUUUGAGAAACCGAUUCUUUAUACAGGGGAAUAGAGACAUUGAAAGGUUGGAACUCAAAAACUUUGCUCUGGA